AUGACUGCUGCCGCCACUUGCUCCUUUUCUCACUUUGUUGUGUGCCUUCCUUCUUGCUCGAACGAAUCCUCACAGAAACCGCCCCGGUAUUACCCUGCCGAAGACGCCAAGUCGUCAAAGUCGACUUACAAGGUCCGGCAAAAUCCCCCCAAAAUCCGCAAGUCGAUCACACCCGGAACCGUCCUGAUCAUUCUCGCCGGUCGUUUCCGUGGAAAGCGUGUGGUCUGCCUCAAGCCCCUAGAAUCCGGUCUUUUGCUCGUAUCGGGUCCUUACAAAAUCAACGGUGUCCCCUUGCGUCGCGUCAACCCGGCGUACGUGAUUGCCACCUCCACCAAGGUGGAUAUUUCCAAAGUCGACGCCGCCUCCAUUACCGACGAAUACUUUUCCCGAUCCAAAGACGACACCAAGGAGGGCGAAGAGGCAUUCUUUGAGGGAGCUGCCCCCAAGCCGGCCGUUGUCUCGGACGCGCGCAAAGAAGAUCAGAAAAAAGUGGACGCUGCCUUGCUCCAGGCCGUUGCCGCCGUGCCCAUGCUAGAAGGAUACCUGGCGGCACACUUUACUUUGUCGAGCAGCGACAAGCCCCACAAAAUGAAGUUUUAA